AUGUCGACCGAGACCGAGGGAACUUUCGAGCUGGCAGAUGCCAGCUUGCAUACCAAGACCUGGACUCCCGAAGGUCCCAUCAAAGCAAAUUUGGUGCAUGUCCAUGGCUUCAGCGAUCAUGUCGAUUGGUACAAUGACGUAUAUCGAAUCGUAGCCUCGCAUGGCAUACAAGUAUUCGGCUUCGAUCAAAGAGGUUGGGGCCGAAGCGUGAAGCAGCCCUCCGACAAGGGGAAUACAGGCCCAACAUCACGCGUCAUUGCAGAUAUCGCCACUUUCAUUGAGAGCAAAUUGCCUUCGGAUGUCCCGGUCUUUGUUCUGGGCCACUCUAUGGGCGGCGGCGAGGUCAUCACACUUGCUGCUGACCCUCAAUAUGCCAAACUCGUGAGCCAAGUGCGCGGCUGGCUGCUCGAGGCACCAUUCAUCGGAUUCGCCCCCGAGGAAGUCCCAAGUUCGCUCAAGGUCUUUGCAGGGCGACUAGCCGGUAAAAUCCUUCCCAAGUUUCAGCUCAAACACGUACUCGAUGUUGCCAACUUGACGCGAAGGCCAGAGGUAGCCAAGGGUUUCAAAGAAGAUCCUCUGUGCCACGACACAGGGACACUUGAAGGGUUGGCCUCGCUCCUAGAUCGCACAGGAGCUCUUCAGUCAGGUUCCGUGAGGCUGGGUAAAGAGGUCAGGUCGCUUUGGCUUGGCCAUGGCGACCAUGAUAAAGCGUGCAGCUAUCAAGCGGCCAUAGAUUUCGCACAGAAACAAGAUAUUGAGGACAAGACCAUCAAGACGUACGUGGGAGGUUAUCAUGCGCUACAUGUCGACCUGUGCCAGGAGGAAUAUGCCAAAGAUAUCACUGACUGGAUCUCGGAGAGGAGCAGCCAAGACCAGAAACCGAUCGAGGCCAAGCUAUAG